CUUUUACAGUAUAAAGCUGGCAAGUGUGAAGAUAACAACAAAACUAGGACAGUUUUGGCACUGUUUAAAGAUGAUCCUAAUCUGGGAAAUGCGUCCAAGGAAUGUGGCAGCGGUCAAGUGGCUACGCCGGUGGAUAUGCACGGCGGAGACAGCGGUGGUCUUGGAAUUGAAGAGGUGAUAAAAAGAGGGUUUUUACUAAAGUGGACAGCAACUAACUGCAGCGUAUGUGAAGAAAGUGGUGGCAAGUGUGGGUUUGUUGCAUCUACCUACCAGUUCAAGUGUUUUUGCCCUGAUAGGCCUCAUGCUGUGCAUUGUAAACGUCCUGGCAAAGUUAAUGGUCUUAUCAAAAAAGUUGCGCUAGCGAUAACAGCCACUGCAAUUGGCAUGUUGAUCUUUCUAGCUUUUUACUUCCGGAGAAAAUUAUCAUCCAAUAAUUGCAUAGUCUUCUGGAAGAAGAAAACUAAGAAUUAUCAGAACAUUGAGAUCUUUUUGAGGAGCUAUGGAGCCUUAGCUCCUAAAAGAUAUAGCUAUUUUCAUGUUAAGAAAAUGACCAAUUCAUUCAAGCAUAAACUAGGUCAGGGAGGCUAUGGAGAUGUUUACAAAGGUAGUCUGUUCGAUGGUCAUAACGUGGCAGUGAAGGUCUUAAACAAACCAGAAGGAAAUGGGGAAGAAUUUAUUAAUGAGGUGGCUACCAUUAGUCAGACUUCUCAUGUUAACAUUGUGACUCUUUUAGGCUUCUGUUUUGAGGGUCAUAGAAGAGCUCUUAUCUACGAGUAUAUGCCCAAUGGAUCACUUGAGAAAUUCAUAUAUGAAAAAACUCAAUCCAACACAAAUCAUAAGUUGAAGUGGGAAACGUUAUACAAAAUUGUCGUCGGCAUAGCUAGAGGAUUAGAAUAUUUACACCGUGGCUGCAACACGCGAAUUUUGCACUUGGACAUUAAGCCUCAAAACAUUCUCCUUGAUGAAGACUUUUGUCCAAAAAUCUCUGAUUUCGGCCUUGCUAAAACUUGUCCCAAGAAAGAAAGUGUCAUAUCUAUGACGGGUGCACAAGGAACUAUAGGUUAUAUUGCACCAGAAGUGUUUAGUAGAUAUUUUGGGGAAGUCUCUCACAAGUCAGACGUUUACAGCUAUGGAAUGAUGGUUUUAGAAAUUGUUGGAGGAAGGGAAAAUGAUAAUGUCAUGGUUGAGAAUACCAGCGAAAUAUAUUUCCCACAUUGGAUUAACAACCAUCUUGAAUUAGAUGAAGAACUUCUAUUGAAAGGGCUUGCAAGUGAAGAGGAUAAAGAAUGUACAAGGAAGAUGAUAAUAGUGAGCUUGUGGUGCAUACAAACUUACCCCUCAGACAGGCCAGCAAUGAGUAGAGUAGUGGAAAUGUUGGAAGGAAGUCUUAGUUCCCUGCAAAUUCCCCCCAAGCCUUUAACUCCUCUUAUAUCAUCGCCAGCAAGAGAUUCUUCAGCUCCAUUUAUAAGCUAAUAUGCUAGCAUUGUAAUCAAAUUACCCUGUUUUCCCAUCCAAAUGCAUGUCUAC